UGUAUUGGUACUUCAUUUAGAAAAUACAUUUUAAGGCUGUGCUCUCACUAUUGAGGUUUGAUUAGGAAACACACUUUUGACUAUUAAAAAACAAACUGCCAUUCUAGAAUGCUCUCUGGAAAUUAUUUUCAUUUCAAUGGUUUAAAAUAAAAACAUUACAAUCACAAUUGUAGGAAGAGAUACAACUGUUGUUGAGACUUUAAAAAUAUACUAAAGCUGUAUAUAAUUGUUCACAUUUGGUCAAAGUCUUUCUAUUGUUUUUCUACUUUUUGUCUUCGUUAUUAUUUCACAUUCAUAACAUAUUUAGGAUUACAUGCAUAUGGUUGCUUCAAAUAAUAUGAUCUCGCAGGAAGAAAUUGUAAUUUUUUUUUUCUCGUCAAUAUGCUUUUUGUAUGCUCUGCCCUGAACAGCUUUUUAUGUUACAUUAUGUUUAAGAACUGUUACUUUUAUAUAUGUCUUUCUACGUAAAUGUUUAUUUGACGGUUGAACAUCUAAACGCCUGUUACUAAAAAUCAGAACAUACUGUAUGUAGAACAUGUUUCAAAUAGAACCUAUAUUACCCUUCCCCUUUUGUGCACGCACGUACACACGCACGACGUACCCACGCACAAAUAUGGCGGCUUCUAUUUCACCUCUACGCUCCUCCUUCAGGAUUUGCUCACCGUUAACUGCACACUUUCACUGCUGCCGUGCCAAACUGCGGAUGCACAGAAAGUGCGAGAGUCAAAGGAGGCAUCUGUACCACUCUGUGAGAAGGCACAGUGCUGUGGUGAUUUCAGGAACAGAGUUGGCCCGUCAGAUUCACAGAGAAAUCCAGCGAGAUGUGGAAGAGCUAAUCGCUCAGGGCAACAUGAGACCCCACCUUGGCGUAAUCUUAGUCGGAGAUGACCCUGCCAGUCAUACCUAUGUUAAGAACAAGACCCGGGCAGCCACCAUCCUGGGUAUUUCCAGUGACACAGUGGUUCGGCCCAGCUCAGUUUCCCAGGAAGAGUUGCUGGGGCUGAUUGAUAGGAUGAACCGUGACUGGAGGGUCAGCGGUCUCCUGGUGCAGCUGCCACUUCCAGAGCACAUCAACGAGCGAGCUGUGUGUAAUGCAAUUGCUCCAGAGAAGGAUGUUGAUGGUUUCCAUAUUGUGAAUAUUGGAAAGUUGUGCCUGGACCAGAGAUCGAUGGUACCUGCGACGCCUGCAGCUGUCUGGGAGAUGAUCAAAAGAGCAGGAAUUGAGACGGUGGGAAAAAAUGUCUUGGUUGCUGGUCGCUCCAAAAAUGUUGGAAUGCCCAUUGCUAUGUUGCUGCAUACUGAUCGUAACCAUGAACGCCCUGGAGGUGAUGCCACAGUGACGAUCGCUCACAGAUGUACACCAAGGGAUCAGCUGAAAAAACUUACCAUGCUGGCUGACAUCAUAAUUGCAGCAGCAGGCGUUCCAGGUCUGAUCACAGCAGACAUGGUGAAAAAGGGUGCAGCAGUUAUUGACGUCGGCAUAAAUCGCAUUCUGGACCAGAACAAGGGGAAAGUCCGGCUCAUCGGGGAUGUGGAUUUUGAGGGGGUGAAGGAGAAAGCAGGUUUCAUAACACCUGUUCCAGGAGGUGUUGGUCCAAUGACUGUUGCCAUGCUCAUGAAAAACACUGUGACUGCUGCCAGAAAUGCACUGAUGCAUUAAAAACAGUAUACACCCUUCAUUUUACUUUGCAUUGCAGAGAGAUAACAGCUUAUGAACAUGCGAUAACCUGCAUACAUUUCAGCACACACUCAAAACCAAAUCCUUCUGCUGAACAAUUACACACUUUUAUUUCAACAGUUUUGACCUCAAGAUUUCAUACUUGCCUGGAAACCUACUUGAUAUGUACCAUGUUUACUUCCAUAUUUAUUAUUUAUUUUAUUAUUGUAGUUCAGAUUUUGCUUUUGUACGUUAGAUUAAUAUUUUUUCUACUGCAGUGUUUUGAUUUAUGGAAUAUGCUGAAAAUUAGCAAGAAAGAAGUCAUAAUAAAAGUGGGUUUGAGUCAGUGCCGUGUCAAUGGGUUUAUUUUUUUCAUUAUUAGUACUUAGUUUCUCUGUAAUUGGACUUAUGGGAUAUAAACUUUUUUUGUCAAAAAUAGACCUUGGUUUUAUAUUCUAGGUAACAACUAAUGCAGUGAACCCUCGUUUUUCGCCGGGGUUGAGUU